ACGAAUUUUGUGUUUUGGUCGAAGUGUGGGUGUCACAAGUAAUAAUGUGUCUAUAAUGAACAGGAUAUUGAUCUCGCCCUGAGAUUCUGUGGGUCUACAAUACAUGGUUUCAUUGGCAAAUAAAGGGACUCAAAAUGGAGACGUUUUUGCAUGAAAUAAAACAAAAUUUGAAAAACUCAAAUGCUUCGUCAAACAUCCAUGUUGUCCUUGGAAAUGAAGCCUGUGACUUGGAUUCUGCUGUCUCUUCCUUGGUUAUGGCAUAUUUUCUUCACAAGAUGCAUUCACCUACUGUUAUAUCAAUUCCUGUACUUAAUGUGGUUAGAAAAGAUCUGGCACUACGAAAUGAAGUUGUUUACUUCCUGGAAGAAACCCAUAUUCCAAUCAAUUGUCUCAUCUGUUUAGAUGAAAUUAAUUUAAAGGCUCUUUCAGAAAAUGAAAAUUUUACUGUAACUCUUGUUGACCACAAUUUGUUAUCUGAUGAGCAGACAUACUUGCAAUCAAAAGUGGUGCAAAUAGUUGAUCAUCAUUCUGUUGACUGUGAAGAAAGACUUAGGAAUAUUGAUUGCCGUAUUGAAGAAGCUGGAUCAUGUUGCAGUUUAGUCGCCGAUAUGAUCUUUAAUUCUAAUGAAGCUUCUAUGAUGGAUCCUCAAAUAGCAAUGCUUUUAUAUGGCACAAUCAUCCUUGACACUGUCUGCCUUCAGGAAAGUGCUAAAAGAGUGAAAGAAAUUGACAGAAAAAUUGUGUCUAAAUUGGAGCCUUAUCUUGAAGGAAUUAGCCGGGAAGAAAUCUUUGGAACCUUACGUAAAGUAAAAUUUGAUGUUUCAAGUACUUCAACAGUUCCUGAUCAUGUGAUUAAAAGUGAUAAAACUACUUUAUCAAACGGGUUUCAACACGAGAAUUCAUUAAAUUAUUCUGAUGAUACUAUUCCUACUUAUAAAGCAGAACCUCUGGACUUUCCUGAGAGCCCUAAAUUUUCUAAGUUCCUUGAUAUAACAGUUGAAUUGAAAAAAUUAAAAUCUGAUGAAAAUGAUGAAGAUCUGACUUGCAAAACACCUGAGCCUGAAGAAAUAAAACUUGAAAAUGGCAAUAAAGUUACUGAAGGAACUGGUACUCUUAAGAGAAUCUCUGUGCAUAGAUCAAUCUUAGAUGAUAAUAAAGAGAUGGAAGAAGAUCAGAGAAGUUUGUCCUCUUUAAGCAACAAAAGUGAUUUAGAUGUGUUUUCUGCUACUGAUGAUAUCAUUAUUCCUGAUGACAAUGAUACUCUUGAUGAAUUAGAAAAUUCAGAUUGUGAUUACAUAGACUCUCCAAUGAGUGAUCCCAUACCUGAAAUGUCUGCAGCAGAAGAAUUUGAAGAGGAACGAAGUUGGAAGUCUUGUCAUGUUGGUGGUGAGGAGAGGAGGAUUGAUAUGAAAGUAAUAGAGCCUUACCGUAAAGUUCUCUCGCAUGGAGGAUACCAAGGAGAUGCUCACAAUGCCAUCAUCAUAUUUUCUGCUUGCUACUUGCCUGAUCGUAGUCGAAAAGACUAUGAUUAUGUUAUGGAUAAUCUCUUCUUAUAUGUAAUUACAACUCUGAAUGAAUUGGUUGCGGAGGAUUAUGUUCUUGUUUAUCUACAUGGUGCCACUGAAAGAAGCAAUAUGCCUAGUUUUAGGUGGCUGAAGCGCUGUUACCAAAUGAUUGACAGGAGAUUACGAAAAAAUUUAAAAGGCCUUUACUUGGUUCAUCCAACGUUUUGGUUGAAAACAAUUGUUAUUAUGACUAGACCUUUUAUUAGCUCAAAGUUUACCAGGAAACUGCAGUUUGUGUACAGCUUGCAAGAGCUUUCAUCUCUUAUUCCUCUUGAUCAUGUAUCUAUUCCAGAUAAAGUUAAGCAACUGGAUUUCCAGAGAUUGAUAACAGACUGCUUAAAGAGGAUGAAGUCAAAAGAAUUUGUUCCAACACCCGAGUACAUAUCUUCAAUCGAGUACUUUUCGAACGUUUUUCAACUAAGAGUGUGAUGUCAAUCAGGAAAACUAACGAGCUUUAUGUGCUACUUAACUAGCAAAUGAACAUUCAAAAGAAGAUGAAAAGCAUUUAUAUGAAGAACUUCCUGUUUUGUGUGUGUUGAAUGCAUUUAUCUGAAAUUUCAGAUGCUGGCGUAGUAUGGAUAACAAUCGACAUACACAGACUCGAAGCGGGUAUCUUCUGCAACUAGUGUGAGAAGUCGGACUUUCAGGGGCAAAGGUAAUCAAUCCUUGAAUUGAAGCGAGUGAUAAAAUUUGCCAAAUAUUUAUUUCCGCUUAGGGAACAAAAUUUAUUUAUUUGUUAAAAAUUCUAUCCUUACAUUAAAUUUCUAAAAAAUUUAUCCAAUGCAUUCCCUUAAUGCUAAAAAGUAUAUUAAAAAUAUGUAAAUAUAUUUUAAAUAUGUACUAUUUACUUGUUAUGUGUGUAGAGAAAAUGAAACAGAUUUAAACUACAGUUAAUAUGAUAUUGGAUAUCCAUUCAAUAAAAAGCCCAAUGUUUAUUGUAAUCCAAUAUUUAAGGAUAUAAGAAGUAUAUUAAUGAGAAUAAGUGACAUUCGUACAAUUAUCAUGUAUUAUCAUAUGCAUGCUCCUUUAAGAAAAUCAUAAAAAAUAAUCUAAGAAAAACUGUCAGAUCCUUUCAGCAAAAUAUAAUUUUUAAUUUUUACUAUUAUAUUUUGUUCAAAGAAUCUAAUACUUAUUUAUAAAAGUACAACAUAUAUUUAUAAAUAUGAUCUUUAUUAAUAAUUAUGUUUUCGAAACAAUUCUUAUGUUAGUUAAAAUUUUAAAUAAUGUAUUCUAUGCAUUCCUUCUAAAUGAUGCAAAAAAUAUAGUCUAAAUAUGUAAAUAUAAUUUAAAUAUCCGAUGCUUGCUUUUUAUGCGUGUCCAGAAAACAUAUUUGUAUUUCGGUUAAUGUGAUAUUGAGCAUCUAUUUAAAAAUUCCCAAUAUUUAUUGAAAUCAAAAAGUUUUUUAAAAAUGUACCUAAUUGUAAAAAUAAGUGGCAUUCCUACCAUUCACAAUCUUUCUUAUUGUAUGCAUGCAGUUUAAAAAAAAAAGUAAUGCCCUCUGUUCUAUCAAAAAUAUAAUUAUUUCUUAUUAAAUAAAUGAAAGUAGAAAUAUAAAUUUAUUAAAAAUUAAGAUUCACUCCCAAUGUGAUAUACAGAUUAUGUGUUAAUGUUAAGUCUAUAUACAAAUUUAUUUUUGCAUUAUAAUUUUUAAUUGAUUUGCAUCAUAAUUUAUGACUUUUUUCCCUUUCUUUUUUUCUGUGUGUUUGUGUGACAUGAAUUUUUUUACUGAACGAUCUCAUUUUUUAAUAAUUACACUGUACAAAAUUUUUUAAGUUUAAUUUUGUUUAAAAGUAUCUUUGACAUAAAAAUGAAGUUAACAUAUUCAUGCGCUUGUUUCUAAUAUAUUCAAACUUGAGCUAUUUACAAACACAUGUUUGCACUUCAUUAACAUUAAUCCUCAAAGAAGGAAUGAGCUGAAAACAUUCCAUUUUAAUAAAACAAGUACGUAGCUUUACUUAUAAUGUAUCAUUGUUUUGUUUAACUUUACUUGUCCACACAUUCUAAAUUUAUUUGCCAUGUAAGGCCUCUAAAAGUUUUGAUAUUUUGUAUUUAAGUUUUUAAAGCUUCAUCUUUUAUACGUUUGUUGCUUUUUUAGUUUAGUAAUUUAACACAUUCCUUGUUUAAUACCAAACUAUUGCAUAUGUUUCAAUCUGUUCAUGUAGUUUUUAAGUAUCAUGAUUGUUUUUAUGAGAAAAUUGAAAAAGAAAAAAAAAGGAAAUACAAAUCGAAAACACGCCUCAAAAUCAAAAGUAAAUUCUUUCUAAUUAAUAUUUUUAUUGUUGUGCUAAAGUUUUUGUUUUGUCGUUUUGGGAAAGUUUCUCUGUAUUAAUUGAAUACCAAUCUGUAAAGAUUAAUAUUUUUAAAGAGUUUUAAAAAAUGGUUUUUACUAAUUAGAAUUAUUGCAUCAGGUCUGAUUUUUUUGACUAAUUUAUGUUUCUUUAUUUGUUUUUGUUUGUAGUGAUGCUGUUUUUUUUAUCUAUUCUUUUUUAAAAAGCUAGUGUUCUUUCUUGCUAAAAGCGUAGAAAAUCUAGCUACAAUAUAGAAUAUUAAUUUAUUUUUUAUUUCUCUACUGAGAAUUUCACAUGUAGUCCUAAAUAUCUAAACCUAGUUCGUCCAUACUUACCCAUCCAGUUUCAAAAACCCAUCCAUUUCUCAAAGUUGAAACUAAACAAAAGUCUAUCAGUUAUGCCAUUAAUAGAGUUUAGAGCAGUGUAAAAGUGCAAUAUAAAAUGGCUUUUUUGUGUGCUGCAUGUUAUAUUGUAACAUACUUGAAUA